AAUUCUUGGCAUUUUUUGUCUUUUUUCAUUUUCAGGUUGUUUUAACUAGUUUAUUUUAGCUUUGAACGAUUGGUUAAUUGUUUCAAUUUUUAUAGAGUACAUGUGUUCGUUUGAUUCCUUUAUCAUGGUUGCCUGCAGGAUUUAAAGCGUCAAGAUGAGUCCUUGCUUUUUGUUUUCUUUUUACAGUCGCCUUUGUGUUCCUAGUGUUUCUACUGUAUAUGUUUCAACGCAGCAGUCCACGCGUAUCUGUUUACAGCCAGUUGUUUUCUACAGCGGACCAUUUCCUUCGUUACGUAGGGCUUAUCUUCACAAAAUUGUUUUGAAAAGUACAACCUCGAGUCGUCCUUGGUGUGAAAAGUUUAACUUAGCAAUGAAACAGUCCAGUGAAGUAAAAAAGAAGCGAUUCAGUGUAUUCGGUGUAUUCUUCCUAAUCGUGACCUACUUGUGGGCAGUGAUUCUUUUUCCCGUCUUUACUGCGUUAUUUCCCGUCACUUUGUUAUUAGAUCGUGUACGCCGUCGUUUAUUGGAUCGGUUUGCUAUGUUAUGGAUGCGUUUAACCCUUUUUUGUUGUCGUCUACAGGUGGUUAUUCAAGGCGAAGAAAAUUUACCUCGAUCGGAUGAAGUAGUAAUGUAUGUUGCCAAUCAUCAGAGUUAUUUGGAUAUUUAUGUUUUAUCUGCGUUGAAACGAAAGUUCAAGUUUGUAUCCAAAAUUGAAGUUUUUUCCUAUCCUGUCAUCGGUAAGUGUCUCAAAGUUCAUGUUGAAAAAGGAAAUAGACCGCUGUUUCAAGGUUGGGCAAUGGCUUUGGCCGGAUAUGUGGGUUUAAAACGUGGAGAUAGUCGUCGCCAGUUGCAAACCUAUCAUGAAAUAGUACGAAAGCUUCAAUCAGGUGUAUCACUGGUGAUGUUUCCAGAAGGCACUCGUAGUGUUCAUGGCAGACUUUUACCUUUUAAAAUAGGACCUUUCAAAGCUGCAAAACAAGCUCAAGUGCCUAUCGUGCCUUUAACAAUUUUAGGUACUCGAGAAGUGAUGCCCAGUUUUGCUUGGUUACCUGUGGGUUUUCCUAACAAACCUAUCACUAUUCACGUACAUCCCAUGAUCCAAGUAGAAAACUAUGAAGACAAACAACUCGCAGAUAUUUGUAAAUCUGUUAUAGAAAAGCCUUUAGAAAGCAAUGAGACAACGUGGAAUAGAUCGCCGUUGUAAUGUGGUUCCCAAAUUCGCUUGACCGAUGACGUUCUCAGAGGUCCAAAACCGUCGAUUCCCUUUUUUCCGUUGUUUCUGACUUUUUCAUUUUUGAGAUAAAUUGUUGUUGAAAGUUUUUCUAUUCAAAAAGAAAGAGUAGCUAUAGUAG